AACCACGCCACCCAUCGACGAUCAGUCAGAACGCUAUCUCGUAGCAAUCUCGCGAAUAGCCCCCGCAAGACCAAUGAUGGACUGCAACCCGCGCAAUCCUACCUCACCUCGAGAGAGCCGGAAAAUCGGUUCCGAUCUUGUCAACGUCUGAGCGCCGACUUGGGAGGGCAACACUGCAGCCGUGGCAGUGUCAAGAGCAUGUCAAGAAAGCACGCCAGCCACCUUCUUGGACGCCUGAACGCCAACUUGCAUCUCGGAUUCGGGUUUGUUGAUAGGCGAUUUGACGAGACUCUGCCGAGACAUUGA